UCCUGCUCUCUCUGCUCUCUGACCCCAGUGGCAGCUCCGACUCACUGCACUCCGGCUCCCCCUCCGUCACACCGAGCCCGCUCCCUCUCUCUCUCUUUCUCUCUCUCCCCCCGUUCUCUCGCUCACUCCCUCUCCCCGUUGUCUGUCAGUGCCUCUCGCCCUCCUCUCCGGCUCUCUACCCCCUCGCUCUCUCGCCUUGUCUGGUUUCUUUCCACAGGAGCCAGCCGAGGUCCCGCCGGGUCGAAGGUUCUUGCCCUGCCCGCCCAGACUGCCGCAACCUCCCGGACGAACGUAGGAACCUUCCCCGCUCUCAGGCUGCUUGCUGCCGCAUGGACCCGCGUCCCUCCUCCGCUGCUGCUGCUACCGCCGCCGCGUAGAGGGCGACCCCGACCCGACACUCUUUUCUCCGGCCAGCUUUUUUUUUUCUCCCUUUUUUUAAACGCACAAAAAGCCCCACACGACGAAGUGGCUGCAUCAGGAGAUCUGCUGGUAUAAAACGACUGACAAGCCCACAGUGGCCACUUCACUCUCAGUUAGGGAGGUCAGACGGAGGGAGGCUCAGGGCGCAAGGAGAGGCACCGCCAAGCCCGUGUGUUGUGGAAUCGGUCGGCCGGGUCGCUGCUCCUGCUCCUUCUCCCGCUGCCCCUGCUGCUGUGGGAGACUUUUCCUGGGCUUUCCGAGCGGCUCCGAAGGAUGACCGCCGCACGGCUCGCUGCUGAAUCCCGGUGAACGAACGGCGUCUCAUGUCCAAACGGCGGAAGGAUGGCUCAUGGCAAAGUGACCAUCACGGUGGACGAGUACAGUUCCAACCCUACACAGGCCUUCACACACUACAACAUCAACCAGAGCCGCUUCCAACCUCCACAUGUCCACAUGGUGGACCCGAUUCCUUACGACACUCCCAAACCAGCAGGGCACACCAGGUUUGUGUGUGUUUCAGACACACACUCGCGUACAGAUGGCAUCCAGAUGCCCUACGGCGAUGUGCUGCUGCACAUGGGCGACUUCACCGAGCUGGGUUUGCCCUCAGAGGUUAAGAAGUUCAACGACUGGCUAGGCGGCCUCCCGUACGAGUUCAAGGUGGUGAUCGCCGGGAACCACGAGCUGACCUUCGAUAAGGACUUUAUGGCCGAGCUGGUCAAGCAGGAUUACUACCGAUUCCCUUCGGUCUCCAAACUCAAACCAGAGGACUUUGACAAUGUCCAGUCGCUCCUCACAAACUGUGUGUACCUGCAGGACUCGGACGUCACCAUAAAGGGAUUCCGGAUAUACGGGACGCCUUGGACUCCGUGGUUUAACGGCUGGGGGUUCAACCUGCCCCGGGGUCAGUCCCUGCUGGAUAAAUGGAACCUGGUCCCCGAGGGCAUCGACAUCCUGAUGACCCACGGACCUCCGCUCGGGUUCAGGGACUGGGUCCCUAAGGAGCUGCAGCGAGUCGGCUGCGUGGAGCUGCUCAACACGGUGCAGAAGAGGGUGAGACCCAAACUCCACGCCUUCGGAGGCAUCCACGAAGGGUACGGGAUCAUGACGGACGGCUACACGACGUUCAUCAACGCGUCGACCUGCACGGUCAGCUUCCAGCCCACCAACCCCCCCAUCGUGUUCGACCUGCCCAACCCCUCCAGCUCCUGAGACCAGGCGACGGGGACGGGGAGGGCGAGGGGGGCGGGGGUUCCAGGAUCACGGGCCGGAGAAACUACUUCUUUUCUAUAAAUAUGACAAGUUAAAAAGGAAAAAAAAAAAUCUAAGUGUUUCUUUGUAAAAUUUUCAAUCUUCUCCACGCUUUUGAUGAAGCUUGAGAAGAUGUGGAGACGUGGGG